AUGGCUUCCACAAUCCCCAUCAAGGUCAAGCACAAUGGCAAACUGCACGACAUCGACCUCGAUACAGCUCAGCCCGCCAGCGCGUUCAAGCAGUCCAUCUACGAAAAGACCGGUGUGCCCUCGGAUCGUAUGAAGGUCAUGGUCAAAGGCGGCAUGCUCAAGGACGAUCAUGAUCUAACCAAGAUUGGUGCGCGACCGGGACAGACCUUCAUGGUCAUCGGAACCGCGGGCGAACUUCCCAAGGCGCCCACCGCCUCGGUCCAGUUCAUCGAGGACAUGACCGACUCGGAAUUGGCGCUGGCCACCAAGUCGAGCGUCGGUCUCACCAACUUGGGCAACACGUGUUACCUCAAUUCGACGUUGCAGGUGCUCCGAGCUAUUCCAGAGCUGCAGACUGCGCUCGGUCAUUUUGACGGCGGGCUGGGUGGCGCGGAUGGCGAACGCAACUUGACCGCUGCGUUGCGAGAUCUGUACAAGAAUCUUUCGCAGACCACCGAGCCUUUCCCGCCCUUUGCCUUUUUGACCAUCUUGCGACAGGUGGCGCCACAGUUUGCCGAAAAGUCGCGCGACGGCCACAACUUUGCGCAGCAAGACGCCGAGGAGGUGUGGGUCCGCAUCAUCCAGGCACUUCAGAACAGCCUUCACGGCCUCUCUGGAUCGUCCACUGACGCUGCCGAUACUUCGCGCAAGUUUGUCGAGCAAUACCUUACGGGCCACAUGGUCAUCAAACGAUCCACCGCCGAAGCGCCCGAGGAACCUGCUUCGUUCAGCAAGGAUCCCUUUUCGAUCUUGCAGUGCAACAUCUCAUCCACCACCAACGAAAUGUCCUCCGGAAUCCUCGACUCGCUCAACCAGCAGAUCGAAAAGACGUCGUCGACCCUCAACCGCACCGCUGUCUACGAUGAGACCUCUCGCAUUGACCGACUCCCCGCCUACCUUGCCACCCACUUUGUCAGAUUCUACUGGAGGAGGGACAUCAACAAGAAGACCAAGAUCAUGCGCAAGGUCAAGUUCCCCUUUGUGCUCGAUGCCACACCGUUUUUGACCGACGAACUCAAGGAAAAGACCAAGGAGACUAAUCUCGCCAUCAAGCAGAUUGAAAAGGAUCGUGACGAGCGCGCCAAGAUCCGCAAGAGGGCCAAGGCGAGGAGGAUCGCGGAGGAGAAGGCGGCCAGAGAGGCCAAGAAGGAUGGCACCGGCGAUGUAGCCAUGACCGACGCCAACGCCGGAGCUGAUUCGACUUCCACUGCUGCGGGCGCUGCUGCGGGUGCUGAGACUGGGGAUGCUGCGGCAGCUGCAUCCGACUCGAAGCUCGGCGUAGAGCUGUCCGAAGAGGAAGAGCUGGCCCAACGCGCCAAGGAACGCCAACAGAUCCAGGCGACCAUCCACCCGGACCUGCUCGCCGACACGGGCUGCAACCCUUCGGCGCUCUACGAGCUGGUCGGCGUCGUCACGCACAAGGGUGCCGCUGCCGAUGCAGGCCACUACAUCUCGUGGGUGCGCAAAGACCUCGAAGAACAGGCCGAGCACCACAUCGAGUCCAACGUCGCUGCUGGCAGUCGCAGCGGCAGCAGCGGUAAGGUCAGGGCGGAGAAGCUCGACAAGACCGAGGCCGACGAGGAGUGGUACAAGUUUGACGACGACAAGGUGUCCGUCGUCGGGAGGGACAAGAUCCAGGCGCUCGACGGCGGCGGUGAGGACAGCGUCGCGUACAUCUUGCUGUACAGGAGCAAGCAGUUGUAG